AAGAGAAGCCAAAAAAGCGAAAAAUCAUGCGUAUAUAAGGCAACCCUCAACAAAGCAGCAUUCUCGUUGGAGUUUUAAUUCAGUAACUUGAAAACUAAUGUCAGUGAACGAAUAGAAAACAAAAUAGGACAUUUUUUUGCGAGCGUAAGUGGAAAUAACGCAAUCUCCAUGACAACAAAUGUCACACUUGAAUAAAAUCUCAUUAGGCACUCGACAUAACUGCAGUGUAUGGCUGGCAGACUGGAACAACGAUGCAAUGAGUCUUGAGGCUGAAUGAAAUGGGGCAGAAAAACUGCAAGUUAAAACCUGAGUUAGUCCAGGAGCUAGUACACAAAACUUACUUCAGCGAGAAAGAAUUACAGCAAUGGUAUAAAGGAUUCCUAAAGGACUGUCCUUCAGGCAACCUCAAUGAGUUGGAGUUCCAGAAAAUCUACAAACAAUUCUUUCCCUUUGGAGAUACGUCAAAGUUUGCAUCUUUUGUCUUCAAUGUAUUCGAUGAGAAUAAGGAUGGGACUAUAGAAUUCAGAGAAUUCAUUUGUGCUUUAUCAGUAACUUCAAGAGGAAGCAUUGAUGAAAAGCUUCAAUGGGCAUUCAAGCUGUAUGACCUAGAUGAUGAUGGUUACAUAACUAAGGAGGAGAUGCUUCACAUUGUGGAUUCUAUUUACAAGAUGGUGGCCAGCAUGGUGAAGCUACCAGAGGAUGAAGACACCCCAGAGAAGAGAGUCAAUAGAAUCUUUAAUCAAAUGGACACGAAUGCUGAUGGCAAGUUGUCAAUGGAGGAAUUCCGUGAAGGUUCCAAGUCUGAUCCAUCUAUUGUACAGGCACUAUCUCUGUAUGACGGACUUGUGUAGUACCAUGCCAUGCUAUACUCGCCAUGAUCAACACUACAGACAAGCACCUCACCCUUCAAAUGAAGACCAUUUUGUCCAUUGUGUCAUCUGGAUAACAAACAUAAUGGUGGAUCAGAUCACUUCUAAACACUACAUGAUAUACUUGACAACACUUUGUUUGCUGUUAAGUGUGUUUGAGUGUGUGCAUGAUCUCCCAAAGCUCUAAAUCUGCUCUCACAAAAUGGAAUUUGCAGAUUAUUCUUUUCAAUGCAUGGAGAAAAAAAAAACAUUAACAUAAAGACAGAAUGAUUACCAUAACAAACUACUGUAGCAGUCAUUAAAGGAGCUAGCUGAAAGCUGGUUUGAUGGCAUUCAUAAGGGACAAAAAAGUUAAGAUAUACAGAUUAAGCCAAAAUAUUUCAACAACUUUCUUUAAUAUCUGAAAGCGUUUCCACAGCUGUGCGUAGCACAAACAAAUUUUAUAGUUACCAAGCUGCAAUAUCAAGUAACUAUUCAAAUCUAACCAUAAUUAUGUACUCCAUUAAUUAUCAAUUUGGUAUGGGUACUUGACUAGUAGGACAAGGCUGUUUAUCACAACUUUUUUUCCUCCCAUUGUCUACCCCCUGUCAGACAAUAAUUAUGGCUAAUUUGCAAUAUAACACAAACGCCUAUUGUGAAAUGUUAUGAUGUUUUAACUACAGAUAGUCUAUAGUAGACUGAAAGUCUCUCGCAUAUGGUGUCAGCACUGUAAUUCAUAAUGCUCCCUGUGUUUGUAUAAAGGAUUGAAAUACAGUGUACAGUAAUAUAAGAAACAGUACAGGGGGCCAAGAAGGUGAAAACAAAGAUUCUUGAAGAAUGUAAAUGUACAGUAAUGCUAACAAUGCUACUGUUGUUGACAAGACAAAGCCAUUGCUUUUCAACCAAAGCUAUGUACAUGAAAUUUAUAUAUAUCAUCUGCAUUCAAUGCACAAAGCCAUAUUCCCUAGAAUGCUAUUGUCAAAGAUCCAAAUUGUUUCACAUGUGAGAUGGAUUGAGGCCAAUAAUUGAUCAGACAGGCUAUAGUGUAUGGCACAUGACAAUAAUGUCCUCACAGUUAUUGCGAGGACACUAACAAAGAUUCCCUGUUCGACUGGCAAGGGAUGCUAUUGCUAUGUAGCCUGUGUGCAAAUGUGCCUUGGCUACUGGCCUUCUCCAGGCACAAAAAGAAAACUAACCAUGAAAAUGACUAGGUACACAGUAAAUGAGAUUGAUAAGGUUCAUGUAUGAUUCAACAUUGGUAAUAUAUUUUUGUAUAAAUCUGACAUGAUUAAUUAAAAUGUGUUCAUACA